UUCUGCAGGAGCUGUGGCACACCUAGGUGACAAACAGAGUGCUCCACAUGGACCUCUUGUUCCUGCUGGCCUUUCCUUUGCUCCUGGCUCUGUCCACAUCCUGUGAUGCUUGUGUGUGCAAGCUGCCGCACCCCCAGACCACUUACUGCGAGUCAGAUGUUGUGAUGCUCACUGACUUAUUGGGACUAGGACCCGUGAUUAGGAAUAAACAAAGCCUGAGAGUCAACGUCACUAAGAUAUUCAAGGGUCCCUUGAAGGCAAAUGAAAUCCAUGAAAUCUACACACCCCACUCUUUCGAAGACUGUGGCUUUUUGAUGCAAACUUCCAUCCGAACAAAUAUACUUAUCGCAGGCUUUCUGACAGCAGGGAAAAUACAUUUCACAACCUGCCACCUGGUGUACAUAUGGGCUCAUCUCUUCCUAGAGCAGAGAUUAGGUUUAGAGUCAUUCUACCGUAAAGGAUGUGACUGUCAUAUUAAUCCCUGCUUAUCGUGCUUGGAUUCCUGUCCUGAACCUGAUGAGAAAGAAUGUGUUUGGCAACAGAAAGACUGCCAGUACUCUUACUGGGAAGGAGAUCAGACCAAGACCUCUAUGUGCUUUGCCUCCAAAACUGGUCGGUGCCAAUGGUUCACCAUCCCAACCAGUGGCACCAGUCUGGUUCCACGUUGAUCUCCACCUCCAUCUUCAUUUCCACCUGCAACUCUAUGCUAAUAUUCUUUUUCCACCUGGGUAAUGUUGACAGACCAGGUUAGUUUUAAGAAAGAGUAAUCCAGUUAUACGCUGAAAUUUUGUUUAGUUUCUGCACGCGGCAUCUGCCUCAACAAGAUUGAUAAAUGCAGUCUCAGGCUGCCAAAGCCCC